UAGUGGAAGGUCACACACACACACAGCUCCUCGUCGCGCGCUCCGCUUCGAGAUCGUCGUGAGAAUUUCGCUGUUGUUUGCUCAAUGCUCGUUCGUUUUAGCGGUCGUUUGUCUCACGGUCGGGUGCGCGAGUGGUGUUGACUUAGCGGUUAUAAACUAUCAGAUCGUCAGCCGUGAUUCAUCUGACGAUCUCCGGCGAUCGUUGGGUCGUUCAGAGCGGCCAGAUACUCAAAAAAUAAAACAACUAUAUCAAUCAGUUAUCUCCACAGAAGCCAUUUCUAGAAAAAAAAAUAUAUAUAUCGUCUCUCGUGAAGGAAAACGAGAAUAAGAAUUAUUAAAUAUUAUUUUCUUAGCCUGAAAAGCAACGCAGUAAGACUUACGAAGUCGCGAUCAUCGAUGCAGGAGAUUGUCUUGAGUCGUAAAAGAAAAUAACACAAUUCCAACCUCGGAAUGACUGAGAGAUAAGUGACUGAAAAAAAAGGAAAGAGAUUAAUUAUACAUUGUUUUGACAAGGAAGUGCGACUGACUUAACCGUUUUCACUGAACCGUUGGAUUUUCCUGUUUAAUCUGACCUACUACAGGAGUCAUCAGCAGGACAUAUAGAUCAAAUCCUAUUAACCUGGACCUACAGGAAUCCUCAGCAGGACAUAUAGAUAAUUGAAUUGAAGCUACAGGAAUCAUCAGCAAGACAUAUAGGCAAAAUCCUAUUGAAUUGGACUUACAGGAGUCAUCAGCAGGACAUAUUGGUGAGAUCCUAUUGAACUGAAGCUACAGGUAUCACCAGCAGGACAUAUAGGUGAGAUCCUAUUGAACUGGAGCUACAGGAAUCCUCAUUAGGAUAUAGAGAUCAACUCCUAUUGAACUGGAGCUAAAGAAAUCCUCAAAAGGACAAACAGAUCAGAUCAUAGUCAACUGGACCUAUACAGGAAUCCUCAGAACGACAAAUAGACAACUGAACCUACAUGAAUCUUCCGAAGAACAUAUAGAUAAAAUCCUAUUGAACUGGACCUACAGAAAUCAUCAGCAGGACAUAUAGAUCAAAUCCUAUUGAACUGAAACUACAGAAAUCCUCAAUAGGACAUAUAGAUCAGAUCCCAUUGAACUGGACCUACAGGAAUUCUCAGCAAGACAUAGAUAAAGUCCUAUUGAACUGGACCUACAGGAAUCGUCAAUAGGACAUACAGAUCAGACACUACUCUGCUGGACCUACAGGAAUCCCACAGACGUCUAUCUUGAACAGAAGGAACCAUUCAAAGGAAUUAGUGAACAUCCCCAGAAGAACAAAUAUCAUAUCCUAUUGAACUGAGUCUAUAGGAAUCAUCAGCAGACUGUAUACUAUUCAUCUGGAUCUAUAUAGUAAAGCCCAGACUGACCAGAAAGCAACCAAUCAAUCAGCAAAAAUUCCCACAAUAACCAGAAUGGCAACGAGCAUCAGAAUCCUAACGCUAGGCCUACUAUCCGUGUCGCUCAUUGGCCAAACCCACAGCCAAUGCUUCUCCAAGAACGACAGGGUGGCCAUGCCCUCGGCAGCCGAGUUCUCCUCCGUGACGGACUUUGCCCUGGACCUCCACAGGGAGCUCUUCCCCUCCAAUGCCUCGGGGAACUACGUCGUGUCUCCCCACGCCCUGUGGAAGUCCCUCGCCCUGGCCUACUUUGGGUCUUCGGGCAACACCCAGCUCCAGCUCGAGGACGUCCUCGGAGCCACGGACAAGAUCUCCACCCUCAAGAUCUGGAGUUAUCUGGACAAGCUGUAUCGGAACGAGAGAAACAACACCCCUGGGAUGCAGGUCGACGCAAGGGUCUACGUGGGAGAGAGACGCAGUCUGCGGCCUUGCGUGGAAGAGAUUCUCGGCGAGGCUUUGGUCACGCAAAACUUUUCGAACGUUUACAAAUCGACCCUCGAGAUCAACAACUGGAUUGCAUCCAGCACCGGCGGUCAGGUGCGGACGCUGUACCAGCCUGAAGACCUGGAGGGCAUGAACAUGCUCCUCGUCAGCACGGGAGUCCACAAGGGCUCUUGGCUGCACCCUUUCAAGAAAUCUGCCAGUCGCUCCCAGCCCUUCUACUCUAGCCUCGACAGCUACAUGGACGUGACGACCAUGACUCAGAAAGGCCAUUUUAAUUACGGCGAGUCGGCAGAACUUGGAGUCCAGAUCUUGGAGUUGCCCUACGCCGGGCGAGCAGUCUCCAUGUACAUUCUCCUUCCUCCUCUGAACAGCGGGGCUGUUGGCAUCAUAAACACGAUGAAGAGCCUCAACCCGACGACGCUAAGUCGAGCCAUGGCAGAAAUGCAACACGCCGAGAUCAGGGUGGUCCUUCCAAAGUUCAAAUUCCAGUACGAAACGGAUCUAGACCUUAAGAAGGCCCUCAGCCGCAUGGGAGCGAAGGAUCUCUUUGACAAGACCGAGGCAGACCUGACCAUCUUCUCACCCACCGGAAACCUGAGCGUGGGGCACAUCACGCAUAAGGCUUUCGUCGAGAUAAAUGAGGACGGUGUGGACGCAGCUUCCGCGAAGACUCUCGACGCCAGCGGCUACCAGGCGAAUGGGCCCAUGAAGCAGAGGGUCUUCGUUUGCAAUCGACCUUUCCUGUUCCUCCUGAUGGACAAACUGGCCUCCAGGAUUCUCUUCAUUGGUGCUUACAGAGAUCCUAGGCAGUAGAUCUGAAGUUAGUAAGACACUGACCUCCAGGAUUCUCUUCAUUGGUGCUUACAGAGAUCCUAGGCAGUAGAUCUGAAGUAGCCACAUAUAUAUAAAGGACUGUUCAACUACACAACAGAUCUAACGUAGGCAGAUAUAUAGGAUUACUCACACAAACACACACGCACAUACAUACACAUAUGUGGUAGUACCACAACAAGUCAAGAAGAACAGUGCUCCAUACAGUAUACAAGAGAGCUCAAGUUCAUCUUACGGUUGCUCAAUCUUUCAUGGCUGGUAAUAGGUAUAGCAGCUUUAUUGAUUUAUAAUUGUCAUUAUUACUCAGUAAACGAAACCUAUUCGUAUGGAACAAGCCCACCAAAGGGGCCAGUGACUUGAAACUCAACCUUCCAAAGAAUAUCAAGGUGUUCACUAGAAAGAAGUAACAGCGGGUAAAGGGAAAUACAGAAAGAAGAGAUCUCACUUAUAAGAAAAGUAAAAAAUAUAUAACAAAUUAAUAAAUCGAUGAAAACGUAAGUCAGUUAUUAAGAUAGAUGGAGAAUUCACUUCUUUAUAUUGUCAAUAGAUGGUGCUAACUUCCUGUGACAUCACUUGAGCGUUUUUCUGCUAAAUUUGCUCCAAAUUAUCAAAAUUUAAAAGUUCAUUGUUUUUGUUUUCUUUCCUGAUAACUGAUCUCUUUGUUUUUCCUGUUGUCUUCUGUUACAGAUGAACACAAUAGUAUUCUUUGAAAGCUACUUGAAUUUCAAGUCUAUAGUGGCCCCUUUGGUGGGGUUGGUACAUCUGAAAAGGGUUCUUGAUCUUCUGCAUAUAAUAAUAGUAAUAGUAAUAAUAAUGACUGAGUUGACAUUUUUCCAAGCAAAGACAAACUCCUUGAUGUAGACUUUGACGAGAAUAUAUAAAAAUUGACAGAAAGAGAUUGUUGAUAAUGCUUGUCCUCUAAAAGCGUAAAUAUUGUAAAAACCUCGGCACUAUUUGUUAUCUACGUCAGAGAAAUGUACACAUAUAUUCAUGUAUAGUUGUUGUUGACAUAACAUACAUAUUCAUCCACUCUUGUUGACCUGAUCAGGCACUUUCAAGCUGACAGAAUCUAAAACGUGCCACUUUUUUUUUAAUGUUUGCCAGACUUUGCACCAAGUAAGACAGUGUCUUUCAGAGUAGAAAUUCAGGGACUUGGAGCAAAGUCUGGUGGGAAAAUACGAAUAACAAAAGUCCAAACAUGAGUCAAGUGUACUUUUUUAUCAGAACGUCAGGGACUUGAAGCAAAGCUUGGUGGGAAAUACCAACACGAAAGUCCGGGGACAAACACGAAGUCCAUUUCUGUCACAAAACCAAGUCCAUGGUGCAAAGUUUGGUGAGAAAAUCACAAACACGAACGUCCAAAGUACGAACAGAAAAGUCCAGCAAAAAGUUCACUUUUGUAUGGAAAUCAAGAACUAAAGGCUAACUUUGGUAGCAAAAACUUGCACAAAGUCAAUAUUUUUCACUAAAUUAGAUACUCAAGAACACGAGACACACAAAGUACAUUUUUUAAAUUAUAAAAUUAGGCAGUUUUGCAAAGUUUAUCAACAAAAACUUAAAGUUCAUUUUUGUCACAAAAUCGGACACUUGGUGCAGGUUUGGUGGUAAAAAACAUACACAAAGUUAAUUCUGCCACAAAAUCAAGCACUUGAUGCAAAGUUUGACGGUAAAAACAUACAAAAAGUCAUUGUUUUGUAAGGAAAUUAAGCACUUAGAACUAAGUUUGGCAACGAGAACAUCUAAUACAUCCAUUUUUGUCACUAUAUCCGGCACUAUAGGUGGAAUUCCGAGGGCAAAAACGUACAUAAUAAGUCCCUAUUUGUCACUAUAUCAGGUACUAGGUGCAAAAACAAAAUCAGAAUAUAUCACAGAAAAUGUAUUCGCAUCACACACAAGUGGCCUUGUGAGAAAGAGAGAGAGAGAGAGAGAGAGCUUUCACACACUUUUCAGCCCUGCGUCGACUUUCUCAAGCUUUGGGAUGAGCUGGUGUGGACCUCUGGAUAAGGACGAUCCUUUACAUUUCUGUACCUACAGAAAUACAACCAUCCCUUCCCCAGAACAGAGUGAAAUGCCGAUGAUGAGAAAAAACCGUAGGGGGGGGGGCAGACCCCUCUCCCCCUUGUUAUUAUACCAAAGACAUUAUCUGUACAAAAUCUCUUAAUCAGAUAAUUUCUGUUAUUUGGAAAAUAAAGUGAAAAUAAAAUCAUCUUCAUUUUCUUUUUUAAUUCAAACCAAUCUUUUUAUCAUUGUCCUUUGGAAAAAUAAAGUGAAAAUUAAA